CGCGGCGCUUGGCGUUGUUACGUAGCGUGUGCCUUGUGUUUGUUGUGGUUUUAGAAAAUCCGCUUUGUUAUUAGUUUAGACAGUUUUUGUGUGACGUGACAUAUCUAAUAAUACUGGAAAGUUUCAAAAAGUGAUAUCUAUGCUACCACUCUGAUAUUUUAACAAAGGAGCAUGUCUACUAGAAGCGGUCGCGUGAGAGCUAGUGUUAUAGAAUCUAGUCCUCCUAGGACUCGAAAGGGCGUAUCACCACCUCGUUCACCUGCUAGAACCCGGAAAACUUCUCCGACGCUGAAAAGUUCUCCGUCGACAAAAAGUUCACCUCCUGCUCGUUCUUACCGUAAAUCACCAUCACGGAAAUCGCCGAGUCGUAAGCCGUCAUCUAAGUUUCCCGCGCGUAAGUCACCAUCAAGAGCAACCAAAGAUUCUAUCGAAAAUGCUUCCCAGAAAUCGCCGAUCAAGCGUCCGCCUAUCAAAACAGACGUUUCUGUUAAAUUAGAAGAUUUGACAUCUAAGCUGGAGAUUUACCGCAGUACACGCUCGAAACGAAUCGAGUAUUCCAUCAAGGAUGUUACAAGCACUACUGAUAAUGAUAUAACUUCAAACAAUACUGUUAACGGUUUGGGUUCUAUUGAUGUUUAUGGCCUAAGGAAUCGUAAAUCUGUUGAAGACAUUCCUCCACGGAGAUCUAGUAGGCUGAGAGACUUUAUUGAAAGUGUGCCGGACAUAAGACGAAGCAUGAGUAAAUCGUUAAGUAAAUCUGUUAGUAAAUCCAUCAGCCAAUCUAUUGAUACAUUCUCAGAUGAAGAUAACUCUGCUGAUGAACAUUUUGUUGAAAAGUCCAAACCUGUUACAAGAAAAUUAGCAACGCCUUUAAGAGGAAGUGAGAGUAAGCAUUUACUAAGUGGAAGCAAGUGGGAGUUUGGAGGACGGAUUGGUACAGCAGCACUUAUGUUAUUGAUACCGCUGCUUGUGUUUUUAAUAUUAAUAUCAUGUUCAAAAUCAUGUUCCACUGAAGCACUUUUGAAUCUUAAUGAAUACGGAUUCCCUGGAUUAUGGUUUAGCAAACAGGCAUUUUUGUUAGUUGUCACUCAAUAUGUGCUGCAAGCUUUGUUGGCUAUUAUUCCUAUGUUUGGAAAAAAAGCUAAUAGAUUAGAUGAUACAGGCACUGUGUACUGUUUUAAUGCAACCUUUGCAAGUGUUAUUACAGUGAUUUUUGUGUAUUUGAUGGAUUACUAUAAAGUAAUAGAUAUCAAAACAUUGUUGACUGACUUUGUUAGCUUGGCCACUGUAUCUUAUGUUUUUGCUGUUCUAUUGAGCAUUGUUUUGUAUGUGAAGAGCAAGAAAGUUGACAAUACUGAACUGAAUCUUUAUGGAAACACAGGAUAUGUAUUAUAUGAUUUCUUUAUGGGUAGAGAAAUACAUCCAUUCAUGAAAAAAUUGGAUAUAAAAAUUUGGAUAUCAAGGAUUUCAAAUAUCAAUACACUAAUAUUGACAACACUCAUAUUUAGACAAGGAUACAAGCUAGAAGCAUUAGAGAUAAAAGAUAUAUCAUAUCAUGGCCUUCAAGAUUUACCCACCAAACUGCAUGUACAACCAACAAUUCUUCUGUUUUCUCUUUUUCAACUGAUAUACAUAAUGAACUUCAUAUUGAAGGAACAUAGGGUCACCACAACAUUUUUCUGGCAAUCAGAAGGAGUAGGAUACCUUCAGACAGUAUCCAGUGCUUUGUAUCCAUUCUACUUCACAACAAUAUCUAAGUUUGUGGUAGAUUCUCAACUUGUAUUACCAACUAACAUUUUAAUUUCUGCUUCUGUACUGUAUGCGCUGGGAUUCUUGAUAAUGCUUCUUAGUAAUAAUGUUAAACAUGAAUUCAGAAACAAUUCUCUUCACUCAAGUAUCACAAAUUUAGAUUCAAUGCCAACAUUUCAUGGAAAUAAAUUAUUGGUGGGAAAUCUUUGGGGUAUAUUACGCCAUCCAAACUACACCGGUGACAUCUUGAUGCAUAUAGCGAUGGCUUUACCAGGACUCCUCUCGCAACACUGUGUCGCUGCAAUGCCAGCACUUUUCACAGUAUUAGUGCUCCUACAUAGAGCGUGGCGGGAUCAUGCUCGCUGCAACAGACGCUAUGGGGCUGCAUGGAGUAGAUAUUGCAAAAGGGUACCAUCUGUUAUCAUACCUAAAAUUCUUUAACUGACAAUGAAAUAACACAUGAACACUAAUGUAAAUUUGUGUUUCUAGAGGAUAUACUAGAUUAUUAAUGUACAUUUGAAAUUAGAGCAUUUAUGGUGUGUUUAUAUCAUUCAUAUUUAUCACGUUUUAUAACAUAAUAUAUAUUGAAAACUAUUGAAGCAGACACGCCUAGAUUAAGGAAGGGAGGUCGCAAGUCUCAUUCGUGUCAAUAUUUUUUUAGUUGUCAAGCUUUAGUAAUGUACAUAUCAAGUAUAUAUGAAUAGUAUUUGAUUUAUUAUUGAAGAGAUAUGAAAUAUUCAUAAAGAUCUCGAAUAGUAGUAAUUCAUCUUUGUUGAAUAUUGCAUAGUAUAAUUAAGUAGUUAAUGCUACAGGUUAUGAGAUUAAUGUUAAUGUUGCCAUAUGAACCACCGGAGACUUCGAAUUUUUAAUUAGCUCUCUAAAUUAUCUAAAAUUAUAUAUAGUGAAAUAUUUUUAAGUUUUAGGACAAAAUCUAGUUAUCCUCAUUUCUACUUGUGUUUUUUAGUUUUUUUUUUUUCAUUGACAUGGAACAGUAAUAAUUAUGGCAAUUUUUAUUUCUUUUUUACACAAUGAAUUUCUCAUACAUUAUAGUAUAUGUCUAUGCAUUAUAAUUUAGUGUUAUCACUAAAUUCAUAGUGAAUUGAAUUGAUAAUAACAAAAACAUUUUUAUGUAUUUUUGUACUGUAUACUUAUAUGUAUACUGACUUAUUUUUUAUUACUUAAUUAUCACGUUUAUAAUGAUAAAGUGUGUGCCUCAAAUUUAUAAGCUUCAAAAGCAUGAUUUAAUUUUAAGUAAUUAGGGAUAUUUUUCUUAAUAUUUCUAUGAAAUUAAGGAUCUUGCUCAAAUUUGAAAUGUUCUGGUUGUAUUAAUCAUAAGAAGACAAUUCCGCCUUUUUAUCACAAUAUUGUAAUAACUUACUUAAAACUUCAACUUGCCACUUAUAAAAUAUGAUAAUUAAGAAUAUAUUCAAUUUAUAAAAGCACACAAUAUUUUCAUAUAAUAAUUGUAUUUACAAAUGUAUUUUGAUAUCGCAUUAAUUUUAGAAGAACAGUAUGUUUUUCUUUUUUAAAUUUUAGUAUGUAAUGAAAUUUUAUUUAAUAAAUUCUUAGUACAAUAAAAUUUCCUUGGUUAUGAUUUUUUAUAUAUAUAUAUAUGAGGAAAGGGUUUCAAUUUCAUAAAAAAAAAUGUUACAAACACUGUUUUGUAAUGCUGUAAAGUACUUAUGUCGCCCACUCCUAAUU